CCCCUCGGAGCCGCCGGGGCCUCUGCCGGCGGGCGGGUCGUGCCCCGCCGGCCAGUGAGCGAGCGGCAGAGCGCGGCCGCCGCACCCCGCCCGGAAGGCCGCCGGAGCCGGACGCGCCCUGGGCCCCAUGGCCGCGACCGCGCCGCUGCGCGACUGCCAGGCAUGGAAGGAUGCGGGACUCCCGCUGUCAACCCCCAGCAAUGAGGCCUGCAGGCUGUUUGACGCCACCCUGACCCAGUAUGUAAAAUGGACCAAUGACAAGAGUCUUGGUGGCAUUGAGGGCUGCCUGUCAAAGCUCAAAGCAGCAGAUCCAACCUUUGCGAUGGGCCAAGUCAUCUCUAACGGCCUCGUGCUGAUUGGCACCGGAAGCUCUGUGAAACUGGACAAAGAGCUGGACCUGGCUGUGAGGACGAUGGUGGAGAUUUCCAAAACACAGCCGCUGACGCCGCGGGAGCAGCUGCACGUGUCUGCAGUAGCAACCUUUGCCAAGGGGAACUUUCCGAAAGCCUGUGAGCUCUGGGAACAGAUUCUCUGUGACCAUCCGACAGACAUGCUGGCCCUGAAAUUUUCCCACGAUGCCUAUUUUUACCUGGGCUACCAGGAACAGAUGCGAGAUUCUGUGGCUCGAGUUUACCCCUUCUGGAAACCCGACAUCCCCCUUAGCAGCUAUGUGAAGGGCAUCUAUUCUUUUGGAUUGAUGGAAACCAACUUCUAUGAUCAGGCAGAAAAGAUGGCCAAAGAGGCUUUAUCUGUUGACCCAGCGGACGCGUGGUCCGUGCACACCAUUGCCCACGUUCACGAGAUGAAGGCAGAAAUCAAGGACGGACUGGAAUUCAUGCAGCGCUCAGAAGCCCACUGGAAGGACUCUGAUAUGCUCGCUUGUCAUAACUAUUGGCACUGGGCUUUAUAUCUGAUAGAAAAGGGCGAGUACGAGGCUGCACUCACCCUUUACGACGACCACAUUCUCCCCAGCUUGCAGGCCAGCGGGGCCAUGCUGGACAUGGUGGAUAGCUGCUCCGUGCUGUACCGGCUGCAGAUGGAAGGAGUGCCUGUGGGUGAGCGGUGGCAGGACCUCCUGCCCAUGGCCCAGAAGCACAGCCGUGACCACAUACUGCUGUUCAAUGACAUGCACUUCCUGAUGGCAUCCCUGGGCGCUCGGGACCCGCGGACCACGGAGGAGCUGCUGGCCACGCUGCAGGAUGCCAGCGAGUCCCCAGGGGACAACUGUCAGCACCUCCUGGCCCAAGACGUGGGGCUGCCCCUGUGCCGGGCCCUGGUGGAGGCCGAGAGUGGGAACCCCAACCGCGUCGUGGAACUGCUCCUGCCAAUCCGCUACCAGAUCGUCCAGAUCGGAGGCAGCAGAGCCCAGAGGGAUGUCUUCAACCAGCUGCUGAUUCACGCCGCUUUAAGCUGCCCCUCCGGCACCCACAGGAGCCUUGCCCGGAGCCUUCUGAUAGAGCGCGAAGCCUUGAAACCCAACUCACCCCUGACCUCGAGGCUCAUCCGAAAGGCAGCUGCCGUCCACCUCCUACAGUGAGCAGGCCUGGCCACUCAGCAGAGAGCUGCCGCUGGCUGGCUUCGCUUUGCAGGUUUAGAAGCAGCUGUGGUCUGCUUGUUAUGCCUGUUAAGGGCAAUCUGCAGCUUUAAGCAGAGAGCUACAGGAAUAAGGGACACAUAUCAGCUUUAAAUAUGAUUCAGAAUCCUCUUCUAAUCCUUAAGGGCCAAGGCGCAGUUCUAAGUAGUCAGCUGAUGGGGGAGCUGCCACCACUUGCUUUGCACAUCGAUGUUCCCAGGGAGCUCUAACACCCCAGUGUCCAGAGAUUGGAAGGGGGGUGUGGGGUCAGUUCGCGGAGGAGGCUUCUCCACACAGCCCUCGGGGGACACCCCUGCCUCCAGGCCACCCUGGGACCAACCCUGUCAUUUUAUCUCUUUAUCACAUGCUACACAGGUGCUUUGUCCCACCUUCUGGGUGAGGGUUUCCAUAGCGGAGGUGACUUGCCCAGGGUCACAGCUGGCAGAGUCCUCACUGAGAUUUACCUCAGCCACCUGUCCUUCCCAGGAGAGGGAGCCCCCCCUUGCCGCCUGUGGUCCCGGCCCCCCGCGGCUGCCCCCACUGCCCUCUUCAUGGGAGCAGCACAUGGGGUGACCCUGCCAUCGGGGAGAAGUCUGUGAGCUUCCUGGGGGCUUUCCUGACACUGAUUCGGGCUUGUUUUCUCUCUCCUGAACUGCACACUGUGAAGGGACCUCAGAUACAUGGCGUCCUUUGUCAGCUGUGACUUUAAUCAUACGAAUGCAUGUACACUGAGCUGGUGGGCUUUCUGGGUAAUGGGGGUUCAGCUCAGGGGUUGCCCUGUUGUGGCCAAAAAGAGCAUUGUGACGAGUGGCUUUAACAAGAUCUGAGCCAGUUUUAUAAACUGCUGCCUCGUUGUCCUGGCCUCACAUCCCUCCCGAGUGAGCCGCACCUUUCAGUAGCAUGUGCUGUGUGAGUGCGAGGGCCGUCUCAGCCCACAGAUAUUUCUCAGGGUCCUUCUGUGCAUACUGAAAUUAGGUAGGGACUCUUCGGCGCUGGGAGGUGGGCUCCAAAUUGAUUAAGCAAAUUCCUGGGAUUAAAAUAAAUUAGUUAAUUCAC